AUGAUCCCAAGGUCGUCUGCAGACUUUGACAUUGCAAUCAUUUGCGCUUUGCCUGUCGAGUUCGACGCCGUGGAGGCUGUAUUCGAUGAGCAUUAUGACUCUGCAGCAUAUGAAAAGCAACAUGGAGACGCAAACUUUUAUCGGACCGGGAGAAUUCAUCAACACAAUGUUGUACUGUCGUGCUUACCAGAAAUGGGAAAACGAAGCGCCGCUAGUGUCGCAUCGAGUCUACAAUGCACUUUCACAAACAUCUAUUUGAGUCUACUGGUUGGCAUUUGCGGCGGUGUGCCGUAUUCGUUAUCAAAGACAGGGAAGACGGAGCUCCUAUUGGGGGACGUUAUUAUCAGUUCCAGCAUCAUCGAAUAUGACUUCGGAAAGCAAUACCCUGAUAAAUUUCAGUCGAAGCCCGGGUCGAUAGACACUAUUGGCCGAGAUCGACGUAUUUGUUCACUUUUGGUGGCCCUGAAAACAUCUCGAUUACAGAAUGAGUUUCGGGAAAAGCUGUCGGCUUACCUUGCGAGUCUUCAAGGAUCGGAUCGAAAGUGGAACUAUCCAGGUGCCGAACAUGAUAGACUAUAUGAAGCAACCUAUCGCCACAAGCACCAUAACUCAGGCUCCGGAAUGAACUGUAUUUGUGACACAUCUCAAGUGAGCCAAGAUCCUAUCUGCGAUGAGGCGCUCGAAAGUGAUUGCAGCAAGCUUGGUUGCAAUGGAGUGCUACUUAAUCGGAGCCGCCUGUCUUCGUUUGAUCACUCUCCCCAAAUACACUUCGGGACUCUGGGCUCUGGAGACACCGUGAUGAAGUCAGGAGAACAUCGCGAUGAGCUAGCCAAGACAGCACAAAUUAUUGGGUUUGAGAUGGAAGGGGCAGGUGUGGCUGAUAGCCUACGUUGCCUUGUCAUCAAGGGUAUUUGUGACUACGCAGACAGCCACAAGAACAAGAUGUGGCAACAGUAUGCCGCUGCGACUGCCGCGUCUUGCUGCAAAGCCUUUAUUGAAAUUCUACAAAAAAGGAUGCAAAGAAGUGUGUCUUCGUUUGUUGGAGAUAAAGGCACCGCUUUCGAGGUCGGGGUGAUUGAUAAGAGCUCAGAACGGCUCGCAUCAGCUUCCUUAGAUGGAUCUUCGGCUGCUCAGCAUGACUACCGAUGGGACAUUAGUUCGAUAGCCCCUAACAUUAGCGACAUGGAGCAUCAUUUGAGUGCACUUCAAGAGGAGCUGCACCGGGUCAAGGGCAAUAUAGCAAACCCUUUGAUCAAAAGCGUCUUGUUAUCGGGACUUACUCAUGCAGCGGAAAAUAAUCCAAAUUUUUUUCAUAGGUCCCAAGGAAUAGAAUCCUAUCGUAUAUCGCAUUAUGAUACUAAAUUCGGCAAGAUAGUCUCUCGGAUACGGGUCGACAGAGAGACUAUAAAAGCAGUACAAGACGGCGAAAGCUGCACGCAUUACAGGACAACAACGUCGUUCAUUUUUCAUCCUGCGUCUUGGCUUAUCAGAAUAGGAUUCAAAUAUGGAUUGGAAGCCAUGAUUACCAGCUCCCGAUCUGGAUGGCAAUAUAACGUACUUCCAGUUCGUGCUGUGGCGGAUGACGCGUUGAUAUUCGAUUUAUGCAAGAUUGGUAAUGUAGAUGCUGUUCGGGAGCUUUUUGGAAGAGGAAAUGCGUCUGUUUUGGAUGUCGAUAGUAAGGGCUAUCGGCCUUUACAUGUAAGUGGUACUUCACCUGUUUACCAUGAAGCAAAUAUUAGCGUCACUUUCACUCGUACAAUUUCUGGUCUUGCUGUGGGCUGA